AGUGGGGGACAGGAAAGAGAAAAAACGGAGCACCGCUCGUACGUCUUUGGCCGGUAAAAGCCCCCCGGGGGUAAAGUAGCCGCAUCUCGCGGAGCGGAAGAAAUCGCCAGCCAACGGGUCUGCUGCUGAGCGGCGGUUGCGGAUCAUCUCGUGCACGCUCCCGAAAAGAACCGUCGCACGGCCCUAGGCUGACUCUCGCAUCAACCCGCACCCCACCGGAGGACAAGAUGGCUGCGACGGAAGAAUUUACGGUAGAUCAGCAGAAACGAGAGGAGCACCCUAACCGCCGGUCAUCAACGAGCAUGGAUGAUCGCGGUCAACCGUCAUCCUCACAGCGUGAUCGUUCCGGGCGUCACGGUGAGGACAAUCGUUCGCACCAUCGUGAUCGCGAACGAAAUCGCGAUCGAGAUUAUAGUAGUCGGUAUCGCGAUCGCGACCGCGACCGCGAUCGCGAUCGAAGAGGAGGUGACCGCCAUAAAGAUCGCGAGGAUGACUCGGAACGACGUUACCGGGAACGACAUCGACGCGAAAGACAUGGCAGUAGAAGCCCGGUUGAUGAUCGUCGCGAAAAGUCUCGCAAACGUUCGAAGAGUCGCGACCGCGAUCACUACUCCCAGCGCAGUGAUCGUUCCGCCCAGAAUCGGCUGUCGGAGGAGAUAGAGAACGAGCUGGCUAAUCUGCGGCGGCAGCAUGAGCUUAAAGAAGCGAUGAGAAAGCAGCAAAAUCCUGACGGUGAAUCUUCGGACGAAAGCAAACAGAAUCAAGCGGAUCCAUACGGUCCCGAUACAGCCAUCAGACGCAGCCAGACAGCAGCGGGCGCAGCAAAGCCGAAUAAGCCCAAAUUAGACUUUUUAUCUGUGAACCAGAAAAGUGCACCGGUCGAAUACGUGCCCGAGAUACAGACGGAAGAGGAACGCAUCGAGUUUCAGCGCAAGAUGCAAGCGAAACUGCAACAGCACCUGGCCGCGGAAGGCAAACUAUACCCGCCGCCGGCGAAGCCCCGUGAACCGGCCCCUCCCGUCGUUGUGUCGGGCUUUGCCAACGAUGGGUCAUUUUUGGAAAUGUUUAAACAACUCCAGCAGCAGCCGAUUGUGGCCGCAAACGCCUCGUUUGGAGUUGUAGCACCGUUUCCGGCAACGGGGACAGUUCCCGCUGCAGCAGUAGCAGCAACCGUACCGUUCGUCGACACGAAUCCAGUUGCUGCCGCAGCAAUUGGUUCGUCGAUUGCCCCAACUUUGGCCGGCGUCAGUAUCGCGCAACACACCACACUUUCUCCGUUGGUUCAGCCAUUCAAGAUGGUGCCUGGCGCUCCGGCGGCCAGACCGUCAACGCUGGUGGUGGCACAAUCGAUUGCGGCGCCGGUCGCGAAGCCAACUCCCAAAGAACCGCCGCCACCCCCACUGCCGGUGUUUGGCCGUCGGCGAGGGGGGAAGAUUCUUAAAACUGGCAUGGUCAAGAAGGUUCGUCCGGUUGAGGAGACCGCGUCCGAUGCACCGAACGAUGCCUGGUCUCUUUAUCUGCAGGAGGUGAAGAAGUACAAGAGUGCUUCAUGCGACGCUGACUCCAAGACUCGGCCACUCGUCAAAUAAGGGCCGCGGGCUGGACAUCUGUCACUGAUGCGAUUGAUGCGCCGGCUUACUUUCUCGGCUCAACAAUAUUCUCGCAUAUUUUAUGAAACGAAAGAGGGUCAUUUUUCUGCGGAAAUGAUUCUUGGCAUUUCGUGGGGCACAACACGUAUCAGUCAUUCCUACUUAAAGGAUCUUAGGAUUAGGUUGUAAUUUAUAUAACUUCAAUGUAUUUUAAUCUCAAAUGGGAACCAUCGUUCCUAUCAAAGGUUGAUGCCGCGUGCCCGGAAUGGUAAAAAAUUGUUAACAGGUGGGAAAAAUUCAAUAAUCGAUUGGAUCACGAAAAUGUAUCAGAUUGGAAAUAAGGCACACAAGAGUUUACCACAAAAAUCGUUUCGGAGUUCACCCUAGACUCGUGUGAACACAUGUUUGACCCGUUCUUCUCUUUGGACUACCGUCCACAUUUA